AUGAAGAACAUUUUGAUUCUCGGAAGCUCCUAUGCGGGGAUCAGUACCGCACAUCGAAUCCUUAAACAGUCUUCCAAAACUGGUCCAGUCAAGAUAACUCUCGUAUCUCCAAAUACCCAUUUCUACUGGACCAUGGCCUCGUCUCGUGGCUUGAUUCCUGGACAAUUCUCCGAUGAUCAGAUGUUUCAACCCAUCUCAGCUGGCUUUAAGCAAUACGUGGAAGCACAGUUUGAGUUCAUUCUCGCUUCUGCCGAAAGUCUCGACGUGGACAAUAAGUCUGUGGGAAUCUCUGGAGGCAGAACGCUCAAGUACGACUUUCUGAUUCUAGCUACUGGCUCUCACUACAAAGGUGACACCCCAUUGAAAGGCUUGGGUUCAACCGAAGCAACCCAAACCGCUCUCCACGACUUCCAAGCACAGAUCCAGAAAGCUCAGAAGAUCGUCGUUGCUGGAGGUGGGGUAACUGGUAUCGAAGUUGCAGGCGAAAUAGCCUACGAAUACGGGUCCAAGAAAGAAGUCAUUCUGAUCGCAAGCAACCCAACUCUCCUCCACGAAAGCCCCCCCUUCAUCUCCAAAUUCGCCACCAAAGAACUCCACAACCUAAACGUAACCCUCAAACUCGGCACCAAAAUAACCUCCCACACCCACUCCACCCCCGACAACAAACACCACCUCCUGCUCUCCAACAACGAGAAGCUCGUCGCGGACCUAUACAUCCCAACCUUCGGCCUCCUCCCGAACUCCUCCUACAUCCCCUCCAACUUCCUCAACGAAAACGGCUACCUGGUCGUCGAUGACUUCCUCGCCGUCAAGGGCGCAAAGGAUGUCUGGGCCAUCGGCGACGUGUCGGCUGUUGAGCCGUCGCAGUUUAUCUACGCGGAUAAGCAGUCUGGGUUCCUGGCUAAGAAUUUGGGACUGCUGCUUAGCGGGAAGCCGGUCUUGAAGUAUAAGGUUGCUACUUCUCGGAUUUUCGGUUUCCAGGUCGGGAAGAAGGCUGGGACGGCGCAUUAUGGGAAUUGGGUGCAGAUGCCUGGGUUUGUGAUUGUGCGGGUGAGGAAGAAUUUGUUUUUGGAGAAGUUUGUGGGGUUGCUUGAUGGGAGUGGGUUGUGA